AUGCAAUCGGACAUCUCUCCAGCCAAGGCCAACCUUGUAUGUCUUGGAGACUGGGAAUGUGGAACAAUCAUCCUCCUCAUUGCCUUUGCCCUCAUCCCCAUCAUCCUUGUUGUCCUUGUCAUCCUCAUUGCCCUCAUUGCCCUCAUCAUCCUCAUCAUCAUCGUUGUGUCAUCCUCAUUGCCCUCAUUGCCCUCGUCAUCCUGGUCCUCAUCAUCCUUGUCCUCAUCAUCCUCAUCCUUGUCAUCCUGCCUGCCCUUGUCCUUCACCCUCCCAUCGUCACUUUCCUUAUCAACAUCCCUGGAAAACCUGCCCAUCACAGCCUGUCUACUCUUUUUUGCAGCACUUGAAGCUGCAUACGAGCACACAACACCUAUGCUCCCGACUCCGGACCUCUGCUCCGGAAUCCCAUUUGCGUCUCCGUCUCUGGAACCUCCGGUCUUAGCUCCGACCUUGGACUUUGACCCCACCUCUGCUUAUACCCAUUGUAUUGGUUAG